UCCCGCCCAUCAGCAGUCUGUGCGGGCGCGCUCCGGUGUCCCGUGCGCCGUGACGCAGCCGGGUCCGCCGCGCGAGGAAGUGGCGCUGUUGUUUGAGCGUCGGGACAGUCUCGCACUGUCUCGUGGGUUCAUCUGAAGAGAUUUUUAAACCGUGUUUCGGUGACUCCUGCCGUUCAUGAACCGGGACUGAUCGCGCUCGACCAUUCUCUCGUGCCGUCCGGAGAACAUAAUCGCGAUAAAUGGCUGCUGAGGUGAAUGGCAGCUCAGGUCUGGUGAAGGAGGAAGAGGAGCCCAUGGAUGUGUCGGGCUCACACACUGAGAACUAUCAGACGCUGCUGGACGCUGGACUGCCACAGAAAGUUGCUGAGAGCCUGGACAACAUCUUUCAGACCGGUCUGGUGGCGUAUGCUGAUCUGGACGAGCGGGCGCUUGAUGCACUACGGGAGUUUAAUGAAGAGGGAGCGCUGUCCGUCCUGCUGCAGUUCAAAGAGUCUGACCUCUCUCAUGUGCAGAAUAAGAGCGCUUUCCUGUGUGGGGUGAUGAAGACAUACAGACAGAGAGAAAAACAGGGCAAUAAAGUGCAGGAGUCGACGAAGGGCCCUGAUGAGUCAAAGAUAAAGGCUCUGCUGGAGAGGACGGAAUACACUCUAGAUGUCACAACAGGACAGAGGAAGUAUGGCGGCCCACCGCCGGAGGAAGUGUACACGGGGCAGCAGCCGGGCAUCGGCACAGAGGUGUUUGUGGGUAAGAUCCCUCGGGACCUGUACGAGGACGAGCUGGUUCCUCUGUUCGAGAACGCCGGUCCCAUCUGGGAUCUGAGGUUGAUGAUGGACCCGCUCACGGGUCAGAAUCGCGGCUACGCCUUCAUCACCUUCUGCAGUAAAGACGCAGCGCAGGAAGCUGUCAAACUGUGUGACAACUAUGAGAUCCGCUCAGGGAAAUAUCUGGGCGUGUGCAUCUCUGUGGCCAAUAAUCGUCUCUUCGUUGGAUCUAUUCCUAAGAAUAAGACGAGAGAAAGUAUCCUGGAAGACUUUGGCAAAGUUACAGAGGGUUUGCAGGAGGUGAUUUUAUACACUCAGCCAGAUGAUAAAAAGAAGAAUCGUGGUUUCUGUUUUCUGGAGUAUGAAGAUCAUAAAUCGGCUGCUCAGGCUCGCCGCAGGCUCAUGAGUGGGAAGGUGAAGGUUUGGGGAAACCCUGUGACGGUGGAAUGGGCCGACCCGGUUGCUGAGCCUGACCCAGAGGUCAUGGCCAAAGUAAAGGUUCUGUUUGUGCGUAAGCUGGCCACUCCCGUCACAGAGGAGCUCCUGGAGAAAACCUUCUCGCAGUUCGGUAAACUGGAGCGUGUCAAGAAGCUGAAAGACUACGCAUUCGUUCACUUUGAGGAGCGAGAUGCUGCAGUCAAGGCCAUGCAGGAGAUGAACGGGAAGGAGCUCGGCGGUGAGGAGAUCGAGAUCGUGCUGGCAAAGCCUCCGGAUAAGAAGAGAAAAGAACGUCAAGCAGCGAGACAAACCAGCAGAAACACUGGGUAUGAUGAGUAUUACUACUACCCUCCCCCUCGCAUGCCUCCCCCGGGUCGCGGUCGUGGCCGUGGCGGACGGGGGGCCUACGCCUAUCCCCCUGAUUACUACGGUUACGAGGAUUACUAUGACGAUUACUACGGUUACGAUUACCACGAUUACCGAGGUGGCUACGACGACCCAUAUUACGGCUACGACGACGGUUACUCCAUGAGAGGGCGGGGAAGUCGCGGCAGCCGCGGGGCUCCGCCUCCACCCCGAACCCGGGCCGCUCCUCCAGCCCGGGGUCGAGGCGGUUAUCCUCCGAGAGGCGGGGCUCCAAUGGGAGGGGGUCGGGGUGGCCGCGGGGGACGCGGAGGGCCUUUCCAGCUUCCGAGGGGCCGCGGCACUCGAGGCGCCCGGGGGAACCGCGGCGGAAAUGUCGGCGGGAAGAGGAAGGCGGAUGUAUUUAACCAGCCGGACUCCAAACGGCGCCAGACCACCAUCCAGCAAAACUGGGGCACACAACCCAUCGCUCAGCAACCGCUGCAGCAGGGCUCCGAUUACUCCGGUAACUACGGUUACAGCAACGACACGCUCGAGUUCUCCCAAGAUUCCUACGGCCAGCAGUGGAAGUAGAUGAGCAACAUCUGUGAAACACACCUUCCUACCCUGCUCCUGAGAAACCAGACCUGCGAUUGGCCAGCAGUGUUUGUUUGACUUUUCUAUUCUCCGAUUCCCUUCUAGAUUUUGUCCGUGACCCACAACUGACUUGACAAAUCCUUAUAGGCUAAAGAGCAGAAUGUGUCUGACGCCCCUGAGCUUCACCCGAGCGGGGCGUUCGUCUUAGAUCACUUUUAUUCCUACGGUUUUCCUUGUUUUAAAAUCAACAAAGAACGUUUUAAAGAACAUUCUGAUGCUUCAUGAAGCGUACGUGUGAGAGGACAUUCAAAUCAUGAAAUGGUCUUUGGAGAGAUGUGUCAUCCUUCCCUCAGUCCUCUCUCUCUCUCUCUCUCUCUCUCUCUUUCAGUAGUAGUAGUAGUAGCAUUAGGGACUCGCUGUAAAUACUGGCUGUUGACUAGAGCUUGAUUUCAUCCAUGACUGUUUUGUUUUGGUUUUUGCAGAAGUGGAGAAAAGAAUCCACAGAAGGAAUAAAGAGUUUUGUAGCAGAAGUGCUGUUAAACGUGUCUGUUAGCCUUUCUAGAAGUAGUUGAACUGUGUUUUUUAAAAACUGAUAUUACUUCAGAUGUUUGUUUGUUUUUGUUUCAAUUGGGGGUUUGGUCUGGCUUACCUUAAGAGCUGCGGCGGGCUGGUCUGAUGUUUGUAUUUAUAACUUUUAUUUUUUGUUGGUUUCAAUAAAACUCAAUCGAGCAACUUCCAAAAGAGGCUGUAAA